AUGGAGGACUCGCUACCUCCUGUAGAGGCAACCGAGCUCUUGGAUCUAUACAGCGAGAAUGUCAUAGCCAAAAUAUGGAGGGUUGCUGAAAGCUACAUUAACAAUCAUGUUUGUGACAUCUCUCAUGUCCAUGAUUUUCCUCUGAUUCGCCAAAUCUCUGACCAUGAGUUUUCAAUACAGCCGUCUCUCGAGACGUAUCCAGAAUAUGUCCCCGAAUCAGGGCCACUCACCGGCAGAUACGAGUCCAAGCCCGUCAAAUUCUGGACGUGCGGGUUCUUCCCCGCGAGCCUCUACUGUAUCCUUGAGCGUUGCACCAAGUUCCCUCGCCACUCUCCACUUCCACUUAUACAAUCAGACAGAAUUAGCACGCUGGGGUCGUCUCAGUAUGCCCAGCUUCAGGCUCUCUGUCGCUCAUGGUCCGCACCACUACAUGCACAUGCGCUAAGAACCAAUACGCACGACUUGGGCUUCAUGUUGCAUCCGCUACGCAUGGACUGGGAGCUUACCGGCGAUACUUCCAGCCUGCGUGCGUACAUCACAGGUGCCGAGAGCCUGGCGACCCGGUUCGACGAGCGGGUUGGGGCGAUCCGUAGCUGGGACCAGGCGAUGAGCCACAUCUACGAUAUUCGGGACAAGGAGAACAAUUUCCUAAUAAUCGUGGACAACAUGGACUUGAUCUUCUAUGCUGCCCACAUCACCAAGAACGCAACUCUCUCUGCCAUUGCUACCCAGCACGCCCGCACAGUAUUGAAGACCCUCAUCCGCCCAGAUGCCUCUACUUGGCACGUGGCCAACCUCGACCAGCAUGCACCCCAGCAAGGCACCGUCAAGAACAACAUGACCCACCAAGGUCUUGCCGAUGACUCAACUUGGGCACGCGGCCAGGCCUGGGCGAUUCUCGGGUUUGCGCAGACAUACAAGUGGACCGGUGAUGCCGAUUUCCUUGGCGCCUGCAUGCGUCUGACCGAACACUUCAUCUCGCGGCUCCAGGCUUCCCCCGUCAAGAUGUGCCCGUGGGUACCACUCUGGGACUUUGAUGACACCAGCGGGGAGUUGGAUUCUUAUGGGGAUAGACUGCGGGACGCGUCGGCAGGCAUGGUCGCAGCCAAUGGAAUGCUGCUCCUGCAUCAAGUGUUGCAGGUACAGGGUGAUGGUGGAGAAUUCGCGGAGCAUGAUGGCAGAAGAUACCUAGAUGUGGCGCUGAACAUCGCAAGAGAUACCAUCCAGUAUGCGCUGGAUAAGGAAGAUCAGGCGCGACUGCAGGUCGACGCGGAAACUGGCAAGGUGAGGGUCCCGCCGGGGAGCUGGGACGCGAUACUGAGGCACUCAACGGCCAAUAACAACCCAAAUGCGAUGACGAGGUACAAAGAUCAUGGGCUUGUUUAUGCAGACUACUACUUCCUUGAAUUUGGGAACAAAUUACUGCGCAUGGGGCUGGUGUAA